ACUUUUUGUCAUUUUCCUACUUUUCCUAUUUUCGAAAAUUUCGAAUUUCGUGACAAGACGACGGAACGGAACGCUCGUCGCCGCAGGCAGGUCGCACCGCACAUAUAAGGAUUAGGUUAUGUUGUUCUGUUUUGUUGUUAAAGUUUUUUUUCGUUAUUUACUGGACUGCCUAAUAAAUUGAUCUUAAAGCACGUAAAAUGUCUAGGACACCUGUGAAAGCGACUGCCUGUCCUGAAAACAGCCAUAAUUUUAUUCCUAAAGAAUUACCUUCUAACAAGGAUGUCAACGGCAUCUCAAGAACAGUGUUCACACACGUCUCCAACCUCCAUGGUUUGCUGUUAGACUGGGUGAGGGUACAGAGCAAAGGCACUAAAAUCUGCAGAUCCAUAUCGUCGCUCAAACUAUAUGAUUGCGACGACGGGUACUAUCCACAAGCAAUGCAACCACUUGCUGAGAGCCUUUUAGAUGCUGCUGACAGUUUGAAAAAUAUUAAUGAAGGUGUAUCAAUAGUAAACAGACAACUGCAAGCAAUGGCAAGGCUGCAGCCUGGAGAUGACCCUGUGAUCUCCACCUGGUCAGCCUCUCAGAUAUCACGCACUGCCAGUGAAAUACACUUGGCUAUCGACAAGGAAUACAAACUCAAAUACAUUAUUACUGAAAACAUUGCCCACUGCAGGGAUGAAAACUUGAUAGAAGUGUAUGUCAGUUCUUGGGAGUUCAACUUGUACCUAGACCUUGAAGGGAAUGCAUCAUACCUAUUUGCUGAAGUAGGUCUCCCACCCGUUACUUGACGUGUCACAUAAAAAUUAUAUGUAAUUUAAGUUAUUGUACAAAUAUAUUAUAAAACAUGACGCAAUUUA